GCAACUAAUUUAAGUGCAGUGAAGAUAAAAAUUGUGUUUGUGUUGGAUAAAACUUCCUGAAGAGUGCAGUGAGCGCAGAACUGUCUGAAUAUUGGCUGUAUCCACAACUGACUUCCGCCACAGCACAGCAAGCUUUCUCACCCUCGCUCUGUGUCUGGCAGAUUGUUGGCGGUCCGGUUGGUGGAACGAAAACCGAUUAUCCACAAUUUAAUUUACAUAAAUGAUGCGUCAUGAAGCAGCCAGUGGACGCUAACCACAUUGUGUCGACACUGCUGGAAACCGCUGAUGAUGCUGCGAGUACGAAAUGACGAAGCAAAACGCAGAUGAGACCGCGACAAGUGCAAUUAAAUAUUUCUUGUCACUGUUAUUGCAGCAAUUAAGCGCGCCAUUAAAAAAGAAAGCGCGCAUCAAAAACAAGAAAAAGAGGUAGUAAAAUAAAUAAAGCAAUAGCAGCAAAGGAAGUAACAGACUGCAAAUUUGCGAAAGUGGGUAGUGCGAGUUGGUAUUAAAGCACCGAAACGCGGCAGAAAUUGAGCGUUUUUAAUUGCAGUAGACAUUUGAUAAGCUUGGCCUGCCUACUAUCAUUCCUAAAAAUCAACACUUAAGUCCAACAAAUUAGAAAAAAUACCACAAAAAUCAAAGGAGUACUGCGAACCUCUGCAAGAUCAAAGAAAAUGUGGGCGCCCAUUGCUUUUAAGUUGCCCACCAUAUUGCUGCUGUUGCUGCUGCAAACGCAACACUAUUAUGACUUGCGUGCAGAUGCUGUUAGUGCCGCAGCCUCGUUGGCAGCAGAUACGGAAGUGGGCGCGGAGCACGCGGAUUCAUACAACAUACGCCAUGGGCGCUCUAAGGUGCGGCACUCCAAUGAAAAGGAGCAUAUCCUGUGGGGAGGCAUGCGGCCGCAAAAUGUAGCAGCAGUCAAAGCAACGCCAGUGAAGGGGUAUAUUGUAGCUGCCAGAAGAGCGGAUGCCAGCGAGGCGAAUAGGAAAAACGCCACAAUUGUUUCACAAAGCUUCGCGCACACGGAAAGGAGCAGCGGAUUAUUGGCCGACUACGUUGAAAACGGCGCGCCGCAAAAUGUCACAACUCGCGAUGCCAUCGAUAAAAGGUAUGAUGGCAGCAGCAAGCACCAAAAUCGUGUGGGAAGAGUUUGGAGCAGUUAUUCGACCAGCAGCAUUCAAACUGGCAAUGGGCAUUUGUUUGGCAGCGACUAUUGGCGUAACUCAGACGUUAACGGUUCGCUGAUUAAUGCGACAGACGCGAGCUCACUGCAGCGCUUAAGUAUGAUGUCACAUGGUAUGACCGCAACCCGAGCGCCCAUGGCUACUGCAUUGGUCUCGCGACGAUCGCUUGGUUACCCCUUUGAGGCGCUGCCGGUAACCGAAACACCAGACGCUGCAGGCGCUAGUGGACUCGUCACCACUGAGGCGCCAGUUACACACCGCAUACGUAAACUGCAUAUGAAGAAGAUUAUGGAAAGCAUAAGGAAUAACGUCGAUAAGAGGCUGGGUGCCAAGCUGUCAAAGAACCAUCAUCGCAGUCUGUUAACCGCCGAGCAGCUACAGGGCAGGCCAAUGGAUGUAGAACUCAACCAAGCGCAUAACGCUGCCACUGAUGAUAUAACCACCGAUAGUGACGUGAGUGUCGCAGAUAGCGCUAGCAGUGAGGAUGGUGGGAGUUUCGAGCGUACAGAAGAAGCUGUCAGCGGAGUUGAUGACGAAGACAAAGGUGACAACUUCGAUAGCCGCAAUUAUGAUGCAAACAAUGACAUCAACAAUGUUAAUGUAGGGAUUGAGAAUGUCAAUGGAGAUGUUGAAGUGGCGAGUGACAGCGUCGGAGAUGAAUUGGAGAGUGAUGACGUGAAUAGUGAAGACGUCAGCAACAAUGCGCUAGAAUCUAACGUUGACAGCAGCAGCGAUGAAUUAGGUGAGGUUUUGCAAUUAGCUGAUGAUUUGGAUGUGCCAGAUAAUUCAAUGGAAGACAUAUACCAGAAUGAUGAGUAUCCGGUCACAUCACCUAGCUAUGUCACCACAAGUUCAGAUGGCAGCACUGAGCUUAAUGAGAAUGCUAAAAUGUUUACAACUUUUACACCAUUUCUCGUCGAUGGCGACGAUUCAUACGCAACAGAAAUAUUGAGUGAUGGCACUGUGAAUGUGGACGCAACAACAACACAAACUCCGGCACUGAAACCACCUAAAAAGGUAACUACGAAAUUGCAGCUUGUGCCAAAAACGACUGCAACAACAAAGCUUAUACCAUUGCCCACAAUGCCGACCAAAGACGUAGUACAGUCGAAGCUUGCGCUCAAACGCGCGUGGAAAAAUCAGACUAUUUCCGUAGCGCCACAAAAUGAAAUUACUGCAAUAGAGCGACCCCUAUGGCCAACUGACAGUGCCACACCAACAAAACCAGCCAGUAAGGUGGUACGAGUUAAAGCUAAACCGAUUAAAUCUAAUGGCAAUUCCAUUAUUGACUCAUCCGAACCACCCGAUUUGUUCGGCACGAUACGCCUUGAAAGCACCGAGAUGGCAAAUGACACAGCAGAAUAUAGUGAGCUCGAACCAAAAAACUACACAACAAACAAGCUUCUCACUCCAGCUGUGCCAGGGUCAACAGCCCCCAAAGCUGAGAGCGAUGAGUUUGGUUGGUCAGCCAGCAAUAUUUCCGUGGAGCCAAAUCACUUGGCCAGCACUAGCGUUGGUGGCAUCGGGCUGGAACGACAGCAGGCAUACGAUAUCGAAGAGAUAAGUUUCGAAAAUGUCGGACUUGAUAACCUGGACGACAUUACCAUGGACGACGGUCAUAUGGACAAUCGGCAUGCGCACGGUUUCCCGGUGAGUAAUUCGGGUGAUGUGAGCACGGAUGUGAAUGGCGGUGAAGACGGUAACGAAACGGAGGGUGAAGACGAUACGAAUCGGUUUUUGGCGGGCGUGGUCGAUGCGGCAAACGAAGAUGAGAUUUACGAUUGGGAUGAGAUUUCGCGAAAUAAUCGACGGAAUUUGAUGCGUGGUCGGGAUGUCGUAACGAAAUUUUUGCAAAUCGUUGAAACGCAACAUUUGCUCGGCGCUAAUUGUGAGGCGGGUACGUCGUUAAAUUUGGGUGAAGGCGUGGUCGAUCGCUAUGCGCAGGAUCGUUUUCGUGUUGAAGCAGAGGUGGCAGUGAAUCGCGCCAACAUGCUGACCAGGUGA